CAAAGUUUAGUGAAUGACCACAUCAUCACUAGCUAUUAUUUGCUCAGUCAGGAUUUUCUCCAUGCCUGACUCAGGCUGUUAUUGGAGAGGAUCCCCAUGUUAUGGUGAAGCCUUCCACCAUUGCAGGUCAGGGGUCAUGAACAAUCUAGCACCCCUCCCCCUUUCCCUCAGUCAGGUGAUUUUCAAACACAUGAUUCAGGAACAACUAAACUUGCUGGACGACUGAUAUGAGUGACAGCCAUGUCAGCCAAUCAGAGCUUUGCAUAGCCUGACCAGCUAGCCAAUCACAAGGCUGUGCGAAAGAAAGCAGGCGGAUACUAGGCGCUAGGUUCGGUAGAGGAGGAAAUUGCAGUGUUAGCCGCCGAUGUAGCUACGAUACUGUUAUCGCUGCCAUACAGCUCACAGCGGGGAAUCGCGGCGCGAGCGGCUCGGGUCUGUGCGGUGCGCACGAGUCGCGCGCUGUGAGGAGGCCGGCACGUGCGCAGGGGACCGGGUGCGGCGCUCGCGGACAGUCACCCAUAUUUAAAGUGACCGCAGCCCCCAAUCCGCUUCCGCAGACGGGAUGGUGACUGCCCGGGCGGCUCGUGCGAUGUGCUAACGGGUUCUCCUCAGUCUCCAGCUCAGUACAUCACCCGCCCUCUCACACCGAGUCACCAUGUCCAUCCAGUACACCGGGGAGGACCAGAUGGCUGAUAGCUAUGGGGUGGCCGACUCCUUCCCCAAGGACUUCGGCUAUGGGGCCGACGAGUCGGAAAUAGAUGAGAGCUCGACCGCUUCGGACAGCAAACCGCGGAUCCUGCUAAUGGGCAUGCGUAGGAGCGGGAAAUCCUCGAUCCAGAAGGUGGUUUUUCACAAGAUGUCUCCAAAUGAAACUUUGUUCUUAGAAAGUACCAACAAAAUUUACAAGGAUGACAUAUCAAAUAGUUCCUUUGUGAAUUUCCAAAUAUGGGAUUUCCCAGGACAAGUGGACUUUUUUGAUCCGACAUUUGACUAUGAAAUGAUAUUCAGAGGAACAGGAGCAUUAAUAUAUGUGAUUGAUGCCCAGGAUGAUUACAUGGAAGCACUGACCAGACUCCAUGUCACAGUUACCAAAGCCUAUAAAGCAAAUCCUGAUAUGAACUUUGAAGUUUUCAUUCACAAAGUUGAUGGUUUGUCAGAUGACCACAAGAUUGAAACCCAAAGGGACAUACAUCAGAGAGCCAAUGAUGACUUGGCAGAUGUUGGUCUUGAAAAACUUCAUCUUAGCUUCUACUUGACUAGUAUAUAUGACCACUCUAUAUUUGAAGCUUUCAGUAAAGUUGUGCAGAAACUGAUUCCACAAUUGCCAACAUUAGAAAACCUCCUAAACAUAUUUAUAUCCAAUUCCGGCAUUGAGAAGGCAUUUCUAUUUGACGUGGUCAGUAAAAUCUACAUUGCCACAGACAGCUCUCCGGUAGACAUGCAGUCAUAUGAAUUGUGCUGUGAUAUGAUAGAUGUUGUAAUAGAUGUAUCCUGUAUAUACAGCUUGCAUGCGGACUGCAACGGAACUGCAUAUGACAAGGAAUCAAUGGCAAUUAUAAAACUUAACAAUACAACAGUGCUCUACUUGAAAGAAGUUACAAAGUUCCUAUCACUAGUGUGUAUUCUUAGGGAAGAGAGUUUUGAAAGAAAAGGUUUAAUAGACUACAAUUUCCACUGCUUUCGUAAAGCCAUCCAUGAGGUGUUUGAAGUAGGUGCUGCGACACACAGGACCUUCAGUCAGCAAGCUAGUAGUCCAAACCUCAAAGCAGUGACUCACAAUGGUACUCCUGCAAAUGCAGUCUAGGACAAAACUUUAAGACCCUCCCUUCUGCAACAAGUAACCAGAGAACACUGCCCUUGAGACAGAGCAAGUCUCAUUUGUAAGGCCAUUGUCUGAUAUACAUGGUACUACAAGCAGCAUCAACAUCCUUUUCUUGUGGAAUUCCUUAUCUUGCUAUACAACAAUAUCUACUGGAUUUGAGAUUUGUCACCAUAAAAAAAAAAAAAAAAGACCGCAGACACUAUUUUCCAUGCUAGGUUUUUGCAUAGACAUUGAGAAGAUUUGGCUUGGAUGAUUUGUGCUUUUGUGAUGAUUGUACAAACGCCUGGUUAUGUGAAGUGCUGCACUAUAUAAAUAUCUUACCAUUUUUUUUUUAAAUUAUAAUUAUUUCUGACCCUAGAGACUGUUCAGCUGGGUUUUUUUUUUUUUUUUUUAAACCUAUGCCUUUAAAGCAUUGAAAAGAUAAAUUAAAAAUAGAAUGCACACUUCCCCUUGGCAAUAGCCUGCAGUUCCAUUAUCUCUUAAAAGAAAAAUAAUAAAACCUUCCCAAAGGAAUCGAUCAGCAUCAAUCUUGUUUGUGAAAGAGAAGUCAGCGUGCUUGCCCCUACUGCAGACAUUCCACUGUUUUUUCUCCUAACGCUUAUAGCUAAAUGAGAUUACACCUCUUUUUUUUUCCACUUUUAUGAAAUACUAGCAUAAACAUUGAAGUGCUUUUUCACUGGAUUGCAUAUAUAUUUAAUAUCUCCCUCCGCAGAUGUUUGUUUCUAUAUCUACAGUCCUUUUUGGGGGGCGUGUUGAGAUAUAUUGAAAGGAAUUCCCAGCAAACAAAAGAUGCAGCACAAGGUUGUGAUGAAUGAAAGUCUUGUUUUGCAACUAUUAUGUUGCCUUCCAUUAAUUUUUUAUUUUUUAUUUUGGGCCAGCCAAGAAACCUUGAAAUGAAAAUUCAAUAAAAAGGUGCCAUCAAGUGUUGUGUUGAAUCUGAAUUAGUGUUUUUGUGGGUUUCCCACCGAAAAAAAUGUAUCAUUGUAACUGUGUGUGUAUAUAAUUUGUGCAAGAAAUCAAAAUUAUGACUUUAAAAAAAUAUAUAUAUAUAUUUUCUCUAAAGAGCUGCUAAAUAACUGCACUGGUUUGUCUUGGUGAAACCCAAAGUCCUUUAAUACACGCAUGCUUUUCUAAAAUUUUAAAUGCUUUUGAUGUACUCAAACUUCAGGUUAGGGUUUUCUUUGACACAUUAUGUGAGGUGUUUGUGUUUUUUUUGUAUUUUUUUCUCCGUUCUUUCUUUACUGUUUAAGACAUAACUGCAGUAACACUACUAUAAAGUUCUAGUUUACUUUGGACUAUGCAUUCCUUGUGAUAUUUUGAUGCCUAUAUAUUUUAGUGCAUAAUAUUUUUGCUUGCGCUAACAUUUUUUGCGGUUAGUAAUUUCUUCAUUAUUGUUGUUGUAUCGUGAGUCAAAAACCUUGCAAUUGCACCUUUUUGAAAUACCAAAAUCCCUUGUUUUGCUGGGUGCCACUGGAUUGCUGCAUAAUUAAGUGCCACUGUAAACUUCGUAUAUAAUGCUUCAUUUACCUGAUGUGUUUGACUAGUGUACUCUUGGCUGGAAAUUCACAUGGACCAUAGUAAAGGCCAACGACAAAUGGAGGGAAAAAUGCCUUUUUAUAUUUAUAUUUUCUUUCAGUGAAUUAUGUAUAAGAAGGGUUCUCAAUAAAGUAUUUGCCAAUAGCAAUUUUCAUCCUUAA